CUCAGCUGGCUCCCUACCAGUUUGUCAGGGAACAGCAAGACACCAGGGUUUUCUCAGAUCACGAUCACAAGGAAAUGUUACCUGUCAGAGCUACGGUAAAAAUCAAAGGAGUUAGAGCAAAAAGUGUGAAGGAUGUCUUACCUGUGAUGAUAUUAAUGGUGAUGAUUUUCCUGCUGCUUCUGUUCUGGGAAAAUGAGUUGAAUGAAGACGUCGUGAACUCGAGCUUAGAGCACUUGCACAUGGACUACCCUAAGGAAGUUCUCGGAAGGUACUGCAAUGCCAAGAUCUUACAAAGGAUCAUCAGGGAGCCCAACAACUCCUGCAAGAAGGAACAUGUCUUCAUCCACGAGAGGCCUCGAAAAAUCAACAGUGUUUGCAAUUCUCCCAAGAAAGUGGCUUGCCAGAACCUUUCCACCAUUUUAUGCUUCCAGAGUGAGAUAAAGUUCAAAAUGACAGUCUGUCAGCUCAUAGAAGGUACCAGAUAUCCCGCCUGCAGAUACCACAUCUCCCCCAUAGAAGCCUUUAUUCUCAUCACUUGUAGCAACAUAGGGCCAGUUAAUUUCCAGGGAUAUGUCAGAUAACUUGAGACCAGUCUCUGAGUCUCUUCCCUGGAGAAGCUGGUUCUCUGAGGCACAGCUGAACAGUGGACGGAGGGUAAUGCUUUAAGUAGCAUGAGUAGCCAGUGGUAAUUCAUCUAUUCUUUCAGUAUUGCUGAGUGGUUUAUUUUAUUGUUUCAGUCAUAAUAAUUAUAAUAACCUGUUGCUGAUUUAAACUAUAAACUCUGUGUGUGUUUUAAUUCCUCGUCCCUUUUCUUUGGUAAUUUGAUGAGAGCCAAGAAUGAGUCCUAGGCAGGAAUCGGGUUAAGGAGAAGUGAUUGAAAACUUCAUGUGAAUGUUUUAGGGCACCACACUCCCCUCUCCACCCCGGUAAUCUUGUAAUUUAUAAUAUUGUAAAGACUCAAAGUUAACGCAAAAAUCCUUGAUGAACUAAAUACCUAAAUCUUAAAUCAAGACCUAACUUGAUGGGGUUGGACUGAGGGCAAAACAAGUUAUGUGAGUUGCACCAGAGCCAGUUCAGAUCCUGUUAUUUAAAUUUUGAUAUUUGUUCA